UUUGAAUGUGUCGUCGAGUGGAAGAGAGAAACGCGGGGAAACGGCUAAAAACAUUUGGUUCUUGUCACCUUCUCAGUCACUUACCAUCUUCUCCAUCUCUCUUUGCUUUGGAGACUCGAAUUCUCGGAAAAGUGACAGAGAUUGAGAUGGGGAAUUUUCUGGGGAAUUAUCUAGGGAAUUAUCUGGGCAAGGAAGAACCACCACCGCCUAUGGUUUUGGUUCCGCCUCUAUUUGAUUUCCCUCCUUUGGCUGCACGUUCCAGGAUGUUGGAAUCAUCAUAUGACUUGUUAUUUGGAAAGCUCGCAUUGAAAUGCCUUUUCGAGGACUACUUUGAACAAGCAAGGCAUUUUAGCACGAAAAUUAUGCUAAAGCCAAUGGAUGACCCUAAUGUAGAUCUGGUUGCAACUGUUUCAGGUCCACUUGAUCAUAAGGCUGAAGAGAAAAUCAUGGGAAAUGCUUUGUUUCGGUGGCAAAGGGACGUUGAUGAUCCUCAUACGUUCAUGGAUUUCUUUGUAUCAACUUCCCAACCGAUUUUGCGCAUGAGGUCAUGUGCUUAUUAUCCCAAAUAUGGAUUUGGUGCAUUUGGCAUUUUUCCGUUAUUAAUAGAUAAAAGGGUAUCUUCUGAAGAUUAUGGUGUUAUGGGCUUGAGAUACGGCUCAGCAAAUUUAUCUUUUGGAGCCACAAUGAUCCCCUACUCUUUGUAUGUAGUGGGAGAUGAGUUUCCGAGAAGUGCUUGGUUGGUAAGCCGAAUGGGAAGGUUAACUGCUGGGGUUCAAUACAAGCCGCAGUUGGGAAACAAAGAUGGGGCAAGCUUUAACAACUUGAAGAAUUGGAGCUGUGCAAUUGGCUAUGGAUUAGGGUCAACUAGUCCUUUGAGCCCAUCAUUCAAUUUUGGUUUUGAAUAUGCUAGAAAUUCCCAGGUGAUUGCUUCGUUCUAUCAGCACGUUGUGGUCCAGAGACGGGUAAAGAAUCCAUUUGAAGAAGAUCUAGUCGUUGGAAUUACAAACUAUAUCGACUUUGGCUUCGAGUUAGAGACGAGGAUUGAUGGAGCUGAAUCAUCAAGUAGUGCCCAAGACGCAACCUUUCAAAUGGCUGCGUCUUGGCAAGCGAAUAAAAACUUUUUGGUUAAGGGAAAGUUGGGUCCUAUUAGAUCCUCAAUAGCUUUAGCAUUCAAGUCAUGGUGGAAACCUUCCUUCACGUACAACAUUUCAGUUGUAAGGGAUCGUAGGCUGGGGAAAACUGCCGUUGGAUUUGGAAUCCAUAUUGAGGAUCUUCGGGAAGCCAGCUAUCAAAGAGCUGAUCCAAAUUAUGUAAUGUUGACGCCAAACAAGGAGCACUUGGCACAAGGUGUUGUUUGGAAAACGGGGAAGAGGCCAAUGCUACAAUCAGAUGUAGACUCAGGGAAUUUUGACAAUUUGCCAAGGGAACUGAGACCCAUCGGAAGAAUUUUGUAAUUUUUUGUGUUCUUUCAUAUUGUCCAAGCUGGCAUUCUGAGU